AAAGACUUAAAAGCUACCAACUCUUCUCCAACUGAUGCUGAUUAUAUUACUAUUGAAGAAAAUUCAGAUUCCCUACCAGACUCUACAGAAGAUGAUUUUAAUUUUUCAGAUGACUAUAUAUUGCCAAAUAAUAAAAGCUCAAAAAAUUCAAUAUUAAAAGCAAAGAUUAUUAUUAAUACUAAAAA